GGUCCCUCCAGGCACCGUUUUUUGGACAGCGCUUUUUAACUUCAGCCUUUUUAGCUUCGCUUUCGCGGCAAACGUCGUCAGAAACGGGCAAGAUGGCGUCUCACGAAAUUGUGCUGUACGACAUUCCUUCGCGACCGCCGUGCCGGGCAUGGUCUCUGAAUACAUGGAGAGUCCGCUUGAUUCUCAACUACAAAAAUAUCCCUUAUAGAACAGAAUGGCUCGAGUAUCCCGACAUUAAACCAAAACUUUCACCACACUUCCCGGGCCAACAGAUCGAGACAUACACAGUCCCAACAAUCGCGCUUCCCGAUGGUCGCGAGCACAUCAUGAACAGCAGGCAAAUCGCCAAAGUCCUCGAAGCCAAGUACCCGAGCCCGCCACUCCUUCUGGACUCUCCAAUCGCCAAGCGGGUGACCGGGCUCCUGAUCAAAAUCUGGGACGCCAUCGAGGUCAUUAUCCUCACGCACGUGCACAAGCGUCUCCUCGACGAAGUCAACUUCCCGUUCUGGCGGGAGACCCGCGAGCCUUGGCUGAAUCCGGAUCAUGCUACCAAGGAUGCCGCAGGCGAUCAGUGGAAGACUCUGGACACUGCAGAGGCUGAGCUCUAUGCCAAUGGGGGUGCUCUGCUGGACGAAUGCUGGGCAAACGCUGGGCCGGCAGUAGACGAGAUUGCUCAGAUUCUGAGAGAGAGCCCUGAGGGGCCGUUCUUCUGUGGAGAAAAGGUGUCUUUCUCAGACUUCCAGUGGAUCGGCUUCUUGCUUUUCAUCCGGCGGAUCGGGCAGGAUCAGUGGGACAAGAUGAAGGCUUCGGCAAAGGACUUUGAGCCUCAUGAGGAGCUGCUCCGUGCUGCAAGCGACUGGAUCAAGCGAGAUGACCAUUGAAAAAUGCUCACCACGAUAUUCAUUAUGCUUUAUUCCUUCUAUACUAC